CAAAUACGUAAUAUAUUUUGAUGUAUAUUAUAAAUUUUGUAUAUUUGUGAAUAUAAAUAUUUAAGAAAAAUUCGUACAAAUGUGUACUACAUAACCAGUUAGAUAUGUCACCAAAAAUUAAAUCACUCUUGACAAUUCUACCGGGUUUAAUCACCCAAACAAACAAAAAUCACCGACGCCCCCGCACAGCGUAGCCCGAACGUCACGUUUCGCCAAAGAUCGCUGCGACCCGACCGCGUGUUUGCACAGAACGCGUGCGAUAUACGUGGCGAAUCCAGUCAACCAGAUAGACGAGGGGCGACGAGAGGCGAGCGGAAGGCCCCGAUCGCGGCGCAUAGUCCGCCAUUGCUGUGACGCGCAUUUCCAGUCCGCACUUGGCCAGUGACGACCGCCCAGAAAUUUUGACGUGUCGACUACGUAUAGCCCUGUUACCCACUCCGGACGCAGCAAACUUGGUGACGAGAAAUACGUAACUGGUGCCGGAGUACUUAGGCAAUGGACGGCAUGGUGGAGGAGAACGGCGCUGUUGAUCCGUUGUCCACGUCGCCGGAUCCGCAGGGCGGCCCCAUCGUGUCCUCGGUAGGGGUCACUAAUUCGCAGCAGCCCCACCUCGUGGCGGCCACUAACAUUGUGCAACUCACCCUGCCCCAGACUCAGGCGCAGGUGCAAAGUGUGAUACAACCCAACACGCAAUCGGUGAUACAGACGGCGACCAAUCUGCAGCCCAUGCUGGGAAAAGGCAAUGUGAUACUAGUGAGCAAACCCAAUUCCGUCAUACAGACGACACAGGGAAAUCUGCAGACUUUGAGAAUAAACAACACAGAUGUACAAGAUAACGAGGAUGGCUACAAUGUACGCUUCCAGGUUGUGGAGACCGCUAGUGACGACAGUUUUUCGGAGGACGAAUCAUCGCCGAAGAAGCGACGGGACCUGCUCACGCGUAGACCGUCCUACAGGAAGAUACUCAACGAUCUUGGCGGGGGUGAGAUAGCUGAAACCAAGGUCGAGCAGACGUCGUCGGAAGGUGACAGUGAGCUGAGCUCUCACUCUAUCCCAUACCACACAGUGUUGCCCGCCACAGCCAUACAAAUUUCGAGUGGUGAAGGUGGACAAAGCAUACACACACUAACGAUGACCAAUGCGACGGCAGGCGGAGCCAUAGUACAGUACGCGCAAGGACAGGAGUUCUUCGUGCCAGGUCAAUUCUAUUCUCCAGUCGUGGCGCAGAGCGGCAGUCUGGGCAGCUCGGCGACCGAGGACCAGGCCAGGAAGAAAGAGAUGCGCCUGCUGAAGAACAGGGAGGCGGCCCGCGAGUGCCGACGAAAAAAGAAGGAGUACAUAAAGUGUCUCGAGAAUCGCGUCGCCGUGCUGGAGAACCAGAACAAGACGCUGAUCGACGAACUGAAAACGCUCAAAGAACUGUACUGCCAACAGAAGGUCGAAUGAGACUCGACACGACCACUCGCAGCGACGCACUCGGUCGCAUGGGCGGCAUGAUCUUUAUUUAAAUUGUGGCAUGGAAAUAAACGGGUGCUUGGUCCGGGGAUCAGGUUAUGACGUACGCUAGGAUGUGUUUGGGUGUGGUUGCUGUCGUUCGGUCUACGCCGUGCAGUUACCGUGCAGGCUUAGGGAGGGUUUCGGUGGCCGAAACGUGCAUUUACACACCGUUCGUGCAAUCUGACUGGGUUGUUUUGUUUUUGUUAGAUGGCGGAGUUGCUGCGGGUUGGUAGUUCAGUUUGUCACUCCUUAUUUUUGUUGGUACACAUUUACGUUAAACUGAUUAGUUCGUUCAUACGUUCACCAUUUUGUUCCUAGUUAUCAUGUAUAAAUUGUAAGUUUUGCGAGACGAAUUAGAUGCUAUCAAAGGCUCAACCGGGAAUUAAAGAAAGAGAAUCUCUUAGCUUGUGAACUGAACUAGCAAUGCGGUGCAUCGGUUUUCUUAUUGGGACUAAGGGUGGUUCGUCACUUACGGUUUUUGGGAUCUGCAUUGAUGGUUUAUAAUUUUCUAUUAGUCAUACUCUGUUUAACAUUUUACCUCCACCUACUGCGUUAUUGUGCUUAUAAUACCAUCCAAUUAGUAAUUAGAAGCAGUGAUGGUUUUUUUUUUCUUUUGUAGAGUGUCUAAUUUAUUUUUAUAAAAUCUUAUGGGGCACAAUUCAAGAAGCCUUUUUAUAAACUACUAACAUACAUAUUUGAAUUGAUGCCUUUUAUGUAAAGAGCCUUGUAAAUAUCCAUUUAAAAUUUUUAACCAAAGAAUUAAAUUCCAUUUUUUUUUUAAUUUUCGUGACUGUUAGUUUUGUUUCAUCUUCACAAAGAACACGGACAAGAAUAUUUUGAUCUGAAAAAUCCGCUGAAAUAUUUUUCUAACUUACUCCUUGGGAAUAUAAGAAAUUUUAAGAAAUAUGUUAAGCGACAAUAAUCAUGUUCUAGUGAAAUUGUACUUAAAAGUCAGUUGCUAGGGUGUUUCUUUUUUAAUUGGGCUCAGUUUUCACCUGCAGUGUUGCAUUUGUAUUUAUUAUUAUUUAUUUUUCAUAAACUAUUGAAUUAUAUGACGUACUACGUUCAUGCGUUUUUAUUGCAACGACUUUUCGGCAAUACUUCAGGUGAAAAUUUUUACCGAUUUCCAUUUUAUACUUAGGUUCUCGAUUAUGAUGUUGUAUAGUACUAUUUACAUACUGGACAGAGAAGGCUUGUGAAAAGUAUAAAGUUAUAUUUAUAAGAAGCCGAUGUAUAUAUUAUAUAUUGUACAAAAAAUGAAUAGGUAUUUAUUUUAUAAAUGUCCAGACCUGACAGACAGUGCCUUCAUAGGUUUAGUUUUUGUUUUUCCUUAAAUUUUUUAAGACCAUGCUUUACAUAAACAUUUUAUCAUGUGUUGUAAAGCUUUAUUAUCAAAUUGAAGUCCCUCAUAAUAUUGUGAGAGGACAAACAGUGGAUUAAUCAUUUAUGUAAAACAUGUAAUUGGAAAUAUGAGACUUCAUAACAUUAUAUUGUUGUUAGUUGUGCCAUAAUUCUUUCCAAAAACGUUGGUGCUUUAGAUACUGCUUUGGCAAAAACUUCUUUGAGCUUAUUUCCGAAACAUAAUAUAGUGUUAUGAAUUACGUUGAAACUAAACGCUAGAGAAUUUGUUGGUCUAAUAGGUUAAAGUUGUAUAUAUUUGUAUUAAAUGUAUAUGUAUUUUUACAUAUCAAAAAAAGAUUAUAUAUUUAUCGAAAACUAACUACUUUUGCACACCACAUUUUUAUUCAACAAAUGAAUUUCGUUGUUAUUUGUUAUCUUAUUUAACAUGUUCGUUGAGGAUGUGUGUUGUUUUAUCUAUACUUCACGUUCUGUUGCCUCUUUGGUAGUGUUUUUUGUAGUUAGAUGAAUUGUAAAUAAGAUUAUGGAUUUUGAUGAUGCAAAUGUAAAUAAAUGAUAGCAAGAAAAUUAACUUUUUUAUAGUCAGCUGCACCGUUAUUUACAUUUGUCUCAGCUAAUAUUUUAAGUAUUAGUUGAUUUAUUAUUGUAUAAAAAAGUCAAUAUUAUUAAA